UGCCUAGGUAUGCUAUGCACAUCUCUAAACCCAAUGAACCAAAAGAGGAAACUGGAAAAAGGAUUUCGAAAUUUCUCCGAAACUUACUGCUCCAGUAAGUUGCUUCCCGGAAGCAGCCAAGAAUUGGAAUUAUAAACUCAUUUUUCGGCGGUCUACUUGAACUAAAUCAAGCAUUAUACUUUGAAAUUUGAACAUUGUUUCCUUUGAAAUUAUGGUUUGCUUUGAUUGAUGAAUAAGUGGAGGAAGAUUAUCUGAACAUAAUCCGGCCAAGGUAAUGUGAAGACAUUUAAUUUUACUUAUUAAUCUUUUGUAUUGGAAGAACUUCCAAUUUUCUUGUUGGGAAUUUUUUAUUGUGCAGUUGAACUUGUUAUUUUCUCUAAUAUAUGAUCAAUUUGAAGUGUGAAAUCCAUAAUUUAUUUAUAAUUUUAUGAUUGCCCAUUUGUUUUUGAUUAGUUUUAGUGAUUUCCCUUGUGUUUGAUAUCGUGAAAUCUUUAAUUGGAAGCCUAAAGUUCAAGUCUUUUCAAAUUGGGGUGUCAAAGAAACUCAUUUUCCUUUAGUUUUCCCACUUGAUUUUUGUAAUUAAAAGGAAAUUUGGUGACUUGGGUAAUCAAUUUUACUAGAAAAGUUAUUUGUUUUCUGCUGAUGAUAUUGUUAAGGUAUAUAAGAUAUCAUAGGGCAACAACCAUAAGCUUUACACUUUUUGUUGCGUUGGUUCCUUGGUAUCAAAAGCCAACGUGAAUCCGAGAGUUGGUCCCUUGACAGAUAUUUUAGUUUAGACAAAUAUGCAUACUUUUGUUUAGAGAGGCUUAAUUAUGUUGUUGAUUUAAGUUGUUAUAAUUGAUUAGCUAUUUAUCAAGACUAAAUUUUUGUGAUUUACUACUGUAUUUUCAGUUUGUUUAUAGUCUGGUGAAUUGAAAUGAUUGGUAAAACUCCUACAAGUAUUUCAUAGGAAUUAGGGAUAAUGUGAAGAAAGUAAUUUGAUAUGGAUUAUAGAAGUAAUCAUCAGGAUAGUGGAUACUUGAUGUCAAAUGCUCGUCUUUUGUAAACCGAAGUUGCUUUUACUAUUUGGGGAUGUCCUAUAGGAAAGUGUUGCACUUUUUUCAUGUAGAUAUGGACUAUGGUCAGGUUUCCUUACGGAAAUAUAAUCAUUGGCUUAUAUGGAGAGGUGAGAAUAGGAUGGUAAGGCAACACUUAUUAUAAUGUGUGUUAGCUAAAUCUUGGUGAAUAUGUAAUUAUAUGUGUUGGUACAAUCCCCAGAUUGAUCAUAGUUCCUAUGAGCGGCAUACACUGGAUAUGAUGAUGAUGAUGAUGUGGUACAAUGCGACAACUAAUUUUCGAAUGACUUGUGUUAUUUCCUGUUGCUAUUGUACUGUCUUUCUUUCUUCUUCAGAGAAAGAAACAAAAUAAGUGUUUUGUUUUACAACAUUCUUCGAUUAAAGAUGCGGGCGAUGGUUAUAAUGUGAUUUUGUUUGAUAUUGCUUUUUAACACCUUGGUUCAGGUGUAAUUUCUUAAGAUUUGGUUUGUGUAAGGUGAAUGGAAAGAAAGCAAUUUGCUGAUUGAAGGAAAAACCGAAAAAGGUCUUCUUGCUUUCUAGCUUACCGAAUGUGUGCAUAUUCAAGACUAUUGCCUUAUUAUAUUCUGUGGCCUCAUCUUGAUGAGGUGCUGAAAAAUCAUUAGAGGUAGAGAUGGCUUCCAGUUUUCGUCGCAACAUCCCUACGGUUACAAAUCUCGUUCUAUAUGGUAAACACGCAAAACGUUUUUUCUGUCAUGAGUUAAUGGUCAUGGAUGGCCCCGGUCAUACUAUUGCAAGCUCUGUCUGCCAUUCGUUACGCAAAGGCUUGAGCUGGGAUAUAUUGUGCAGAAAAUAUGAUUCGGUGAAAUUUGAUGCUCCUAUUGUUGAGAAAGUACUACUGGAAUUGAAGGAACCCCUUGAAGCUAAGCGAGCUUUGAAGUUUUUUCAUUGGGUUGCACGUACUAAUAAGAUCGGUCAAAGUCAUCAUGAACUCAAGCAUUAUUGUGUCAUUAUACAUAUCUUAGCCCGUGCUCGUCUUGUGAAUGAUGCCCGCAGUUUGUUAGAAUCCAUACUGAAAAGAAAUGUCGAGGAUGAAGUGGAUUGUUCUUUGAGAUUUUCUGUCGUCGAUAUGCUACUAAAUACCUACAAGAUAACCAACUCAUGCCCGUUUGUGUUUGACUUGUUGGUGCAAUCUUAUAGCAAAUUACGGAUGUUUGGUGCAGCCUUUGAUGUUUGUUGUUUCUUAGAGGAGCAUGGAUUCUCUUUAAGUCUUGUAACAUUCAACACUUUGCUUCAUUUCAUACAAAAAUCGCCGGAUAACAGCAAUUUGAUAUGGGCGGUUUAUGGGCAUAUGAUUCAUAAUAGAAUCUACCCAAAUGAAACGACGGUAAGAAUAAUGAUCAAUGCAUUAUGUAAGGCGGGUGAGCUGCAGAAAUUUGUCGACAUAAUAGGUCGAAUUCACGGCAAGGGAUGCUCACCUGUGGUGAUUGUGAACACUAGUUUGGUUUUUCGGAUGUUAGAAAAAGGGAGAAUUGAGGAAGGACUUCUUGUGCUGAAAAGGGUAUUACAGAAACACCUAAUACUUGAUUCUGUUUCUUACUCUCUUGUGGUUUACGCUAGAUUAAGAAGUAGAGAUAUAAAGUUGGCACACGAAACAUAUGAACAAAUGCUCGGUAGUGGUUUUCACCCGAACUCUUUCAUUUAUACUAUAUUCAUUGGAGCCUGUUGUGAGGAAGGGAAGGUUGAAGAAGCACUUAACUUGAUGGAUGAAAUGGUAAAUAUGGGCUUAAACCCGUAUGAUGAUACGUACAAUUCUCUUAUAAUAGGUUGUGCUAAAAGCGGAGCUUUGGCGGAAAGUUUUCGACUUUGUCAAGAAAUGAUUGAGAGAGAUUUGGUUCCGAGCAAUUCAGCUUUUAAUGAAAUGCUGGGAAAAUUAUGUCAAUCGGGAAAUGUUAAGGAUGCUAAUGAGAUGUUAACUGUUUGUAUGGAGAAAGGGUAUUUGCCAGAGGAAGCAACGUUUCUUCAUUUGAUCGAUGGCUAUGGACGAGAGGGAAACAUUCAGGAGGUUCUUAAAUUGUAUCAUGAAAUGGAGUUUAGGUCACUGUCUCCUGGAUUACCGAUUUUCACAUCAUUACUAACGACGUUUUGUAAGUGCAGGAAACUGGUUGAAGCAGAUAAGUUUCUGGCUAUAAUGGAAAGUCGGUCGUUAUGCCCGAGCAUAUGCAUCUAUGAUCAACUGAUUUCUGCACACCUUGAAGAAGGCAAUAAAGAAAGGACUCAUCAGCUUUACAAGGAGCUGAUUCGGAAAGGCUUGCGGCUUACUCGGCCAAUGAACCCUAGCAUCUUUUCUUAAGAUCUUGACUUCUGAAAGCUUGUUUUCGUUGAUGGAGUAAUGUACUUGGGUUUCGGGUAUUAAUAUCUGUGAGCACCGGAGACUGGCUUUUUAUAAGACAAAGUUUUGGUGUUGCCAACCCAUUGUAGAAGACUUUUGGAUGGUCAGCCUUAGUGGGUUUUCUGGUUUUAGGUAAAUGUUUAUGUCUAUCUUUGUUCUUUAUUUUCCAUUUUUGUGUGCCUUUGUAAUUUUUUGACCAUGAUAAACAUGCUUUACUUUACUUUUUGGAUAAAGAAAGCAACUAUGCUCCUGACCAAGACAUGCUUCAAAAUCUUCUUUCUCCGUUGUCCACCUUAUGUCCAUUCUCGAGUCUCAAUGGGGCCUAAGGUUAUAGUUUUUUUUUCAUAUUAUAAUGGAUUAUAUCAAAAUAACUCAUUUAAUCAAGUGCAUUUCUUAUUUAUGUAAAGUUACAUAUAUAUUUGCUAUCAAGGUUCAAUUGAAAACAACCUUUUUGUUGUCACCAAGAGUAAGGUUGCGUAUUAUCCAACCCCAAACCCGUUUAGAUAGGAAUCACUAAAUAGCAUUAGGGUAAUGGAAUAUCCACCUUUUCUAAUAAUUAGUGAUGGCCACGAGGUGGAUUAUCCGGAACCGAACCGGUCCUGAACCACAGAAGAACCGUCCCAGAACCAGAAUCCCAAACCCGCCCAGAGAACUGUGCUAAUGCAUACUAUUUUGCUUUUGCAUUUGCUUUCUCAUUAGAUCACUUUGAUGGAAAUUUAUCAAGCACCAUAGAUUUUUUUCUCUUGCAGUGAUCAGAUUGCUAUACAUACUCUUGGUCCUAGGAGUUCAUGUUAUAAAUAGUAAAGAGAGCUGUGCUGUGUGGAUUGAACAUUGAUAAUAUGUUGGGUUUUUUCCCAGCAUUCUGAAAGCUAUGUUCCUAUUCUAGCUUUCUCCACAUUAUUAGGACUUGACAUGUAGUCGAAAGAUGUAGACACUCGAGAAAUUAGUAAACUUUGAGGUGCUUUUCAUGAAUUUCAAAAGAUCGUAACGUAACGCCUAUUCUUUGUCAUUACCGUGCUUUUCCUCAAAACGUGUUUAGUUGACAGUUGAUAGUUCAUUGCCGAGAGUAUGCAUCAAUUGUAAAACUUUACAGAAAAAAAUGCAGCAUUAUACUUUGAUCCUAUAUAUCAAUUAGUUGAUGAUUGAUAGUUGAUUGUUGAUAGCCCGUGUUGUAUUGGUGGGGUUCGGAACUAAUUCACUUUUUCCGGUGGCAUAUUUCACUUAAAGCAAGACGAAGGAGAAGGAUCGGUAGUUAACAACUUAGAUGAUCGAUAGUUAACAACUUAGAUUAAAUACACUAUCUAGUGGCUGGUGACAUCAAAAGGCUUGCUUAAGCCAUCAAAACUGACUGCAAGUCUUGUGUAUCCAUGGUGUGUGUUUUUAGAAGGGGUUGCUUAUAUAUUUGACUAUUACGAUGUCUAGUGGCAGAUCCAGAAAGAAAAAUGAGUGAUAUCAAUUUAAGUAAAAUAGCUUAAUGAGUUUUGAUCCUGGUCACAUGUGGAAAGCAAUACACUAAUGAACUCAUUUACGGAAUAUUUACAUGUAAUAUUUGAUUUUAUUUUGAAUUUAAGUGAUGUUAACUAACCUCGGUGACAUCAUACUAGAUCUGCCAGUGACGACGUCGUAUCUUAUUUGAGGGCUAAGGCUUUACUCAUUUCAUCUCGUUGUCAAAUCAGCCGAACAAUUUUUACAAGGAUAAAGUUGCUUAUGUCUAACUCCUUCAAAUCCCAUCUAAGCGGGAGCCACUUGACAUCAGAAUAAUGGAGAAACCUAAGUUCGAUUUUCAUUGCAUCCUCCCUUUGCCUCAACCUAUCCGGAAUCCUUGCUUUAAUCAUCAUCAUCAUACUCGGUGUAUCCUGCCCAUAAGAACUAUGAUCAAGGUUUAAGGAGAGCAAGAAGGCGACAACUCAUACCCAUAAAGGAAGAUUCGAGUCUUUAAUGAUAUAAACAACGUUCUUCGUUCAAAACUGUGAUGUGGGACCGGACCUCAGAAUUAAACAACUGAAUUAUGGUUGUAUUCUGGCAUCCUCAACAUUCCUCAUCAUGGAGGUGGAAGAUUCAAAGUUUAAAGGAGCUUGGAUUGUGAGUCAUAGUGGACUAAAUCAAGAGCUUCCCAUAAUCUAGAAAUAGUACGGUGUAGUUUUCUUAUUGAUUUACUAUUCUUUUGUUUAUGCAAACUAUAUAUCAUUGUGUUGAAAUGUAAACCUACUCAUUAAAAUUUGUCUAUUUUGACUCUUUUUUUUUUAAGUAUAUUAUGUCAUUAUUUUA